CGGAGAAGUACCGCCCCUGGAUCUCCAGCUUCCGGCAACUCUGAGGGACCGGAACCUGAGCGGAGCAUCUGAGGCCCCAGCCUCCCUGGACGGCUGGACCCGAGGCUCCCGAGACUUCUGCAAGUUUACUUCCUAAUAACUGGGAGAAGACCCACUGGCUGAAUGGCAGCUGUAGAUGACUUGCAGUUUGAAGAAUUUGGUGAUGUAGCCACUUCUCUAGCAGCAAACCCAGAUGCCACCACGAUAAGCAUCGAGGAUCCUGGUGAAACUCCUAAAUAUCAGCCAGGACCCCCAAGAGGCUCUGGAAGAGAAGAGGAUGAUGAGUUAUUGGGAAAUGAUGACUCUGACAAAACUGAGUUACUUGCUGGACAGAAGAAAAGCUCCCCUUUCUGGACAUUUGAAUACUAUCAAACAUUUUUCGAUGUAGACACUUACCAGGUCUUUGACAGAAUAAAAGGGUCUCUUUUGCCAAUACCAGGAAAAAACUUUGUGAGGUUAUAUAUCCGCAGCAAUCCAGAUCUCUAUGGCCCCUUUUGGAUAUGCGCCACAUUGGUUUUUGCCAUAGCAAUUAGUGGGAACCUUUCCAACUUCUUAAUCCAUUUGGGAGAGAAGACAUACCAUUAUGUACCUGAAUUCCGAAAAGUGUCUAUAGCAGCCACAAUCAUCUAUGCCUAUGCCUGGCUGGUUCCUCUUGCACUCUGGGGUUUCCUCCUGUGGAGAAACAGCAAAGUUAUGAACAUCGUUUCCUAUUCAUUUUUGGAGAUUGUGUGCGUCUAUGGAUAUUCACUCUUCAUUUAUAUCCCUACAGCAAUACUGUGGAUUAUCCCCCAGAAAGCUGUUCGUUGGAUUCUAGUCAUGAUGGCCCUGGGCAUCUCAGGCUCUGUCUUGGCAAUGACAUUUUGGCCAGCUGUUCGUGAGGAUAACCGGCGAAUCGCAUUGGCCACGAUCGUGACAAUUGUGUUGCUUCACAUGCUGCUUUCUGUGGGCUGCUUGGCAUACUUUUUUGAUGCACCAGAGAUGGACCAUCUCCCAACAACUGCAGUUAUUCCAAACCAAACAGUUGCAGCAGCCAAGUCCAGCUAAGGAGGAAAUCCUCUUUUAAGUUUUUUGGAGUGUGGUUCUUUUGGACACCAAAACCAGCAAGAAAACUGAUGGAAUGGCACCAACCCCUAACAUCUGGAUGGUGCCACACUGAAGCUUAAUUACCUAUUUAACAAACAAAAAUUAAAUGUCAUUCAGCACAUGUGUCUUUCAGCUCUUCUUUCUCACCUCUCCGUGAUCAUUGUGACUAUGCACUGAUUUGUAAUGAAACACAAGGGAAUGGGUUAGGUGUGCUCAGGUGUCCUGCUAUUUGCCUCUCAUGGUCAAAUGAUAUGCUUUAUGCUAGAUACACCCUUAAUUCCUGAAAUGGAUCCGUCCUAACUUCUGAUGUCUUUUCUCUGGAUUGUGUAGAUUUCUUAGGUGAUCCUCUUCUCUCCAAAUGUUUGCCAUCCUAAAGUGGCCAAACUGUGUGAACUUUGGGGUAGGAUUCACUGGGCACCUGAAAAUUUGUCUUUGGUGAACUGAUACUGGACAACUGAAGCUAAUGGUUGCAAAAUAAAUA